AUGAAUUAAUUAAAUUCUGAUCUUAAAUCUUAAAUCAUUGAGUAUUUUGAUGAAUUGCAAAACAAACUCAAUCAAAUUGGCUAUUCUGAUAUACGUGUUAUAUUACCAGAUGAUGUCUCUGUUGCAUUUAAAUAUAUCACUCGCAUUCUAGAUUAAUUUAUUGAGUAAAAUCCUUAUGUACAUUAAGAUUAAAUCAAGAAAUUACUGAAUAAUAUGACUUAUUAGAACAAUCCUUAUAAAAAAUAGAGUCCGAAAAGCGACAUCAUAUUCAUGUUCAUUUUUUUCAUUUAUUUUAGGUAGAACAAAGGUUGAAGAUACAUUGUGAUUAAUUAUAAGAGAGUAUUACUAUGUAAGAUGAACAAAAUAAAAUACUUUAAAUGAAAAUGGAAGUAUUUAUUUAUAUAAAUCCAAGCUUUAAGAAAGAUAAAUUGUAUAACUUAAAAAAGAAAUUGAUGUUGCGUCAAGAAGACGAAUAGAAACUGAAAAGAGUGUGACUGAUAUUCAAUCAAGAGUAAGUAUAUCAUCUUAAGUAAGCAAUUUUUAAUGAUAAAUGGAAUACCUUCACAUUCAACAAUCAAGUAAAUCAUCAAACCAAAAACUCGAAUAUAAACAGAAUCUAUUGAUAUCAAUAAAAUAAGAUCCAUCUCCUCUUUAGAUUAUAAUAACUUUUCUAUUUUGAUUAGGAGAAAUGAUUAAAGAAAUAAGAGGUCAUCUACUAUUUAAAUUAAUAAAAAAAAGUGA